UGUGUGUUCUGUUUGGCCUUUUCAAGGAAAAAAAGUGAUGCCUUAAUGGAAACAAAAGUCGGCUACAGACUCUGCGUUUGUCUGUUUUAUUACUUUUUAAAAACACACUCAGAUACAAUAAUUGGAUUUUAUUGAGAAAAUUAACUAGCUAGUGGUUCAGAUACUGAAUGCAGCUGAUUCAUUUCAUGUCAACUUGUAAACAACAACCGCACGCUGAGCUUCUAGCCAAUAGGAGACCUCAUCGAUGUAAAAUACUGCUACCUGAUUGGUCGGUUUGUGGAUUCUUUUUACACAGCCUCACACUCACUGUGGAGAGUGAUGGGGGAAUCCACUGCUGUAGGUGAUUAUUGUGGUACAAAGGGUCACACAAAUGCCACCUCAACCCAGUCAGCUUAUUCUUUUAAUAUUUAACUCUGACUUCAGUAACAGUUGCUUAUUCAGCAUACUGCAGCAGAAUAAAGGUCCAGGUGUGGCCUGUGACUUUGAGCUCCACGUGAAUAGUUUGGUAGGUUGUCGUCAGUCUGUUCAGUUUCAGUCAUCUGAAUUCAACAUGCCAUCCGAAAAGUCAGAAAAGGCUAUGUCUCCAAAGAUAACUGGAGAGCUGCUCAGGCAGCUCCGUCAGGCAAUGAAGAACUGUAAAUACUUCUCUGAGCCUAUACAAGCCUACAUAAUCCCAUCUGGAGAUGCACAUCAGAGUGAAUACAUUGCACCGUGUGACUGCAGACGUGAAUUCAUCUCUGGAUUCGACGGCUCUGCAGGCACAGCCAUCGUUACAGAGCAGCAUGCUGCAAUGUGGACUGAUGGCCGAUACUUCCUGCAAGCCAACCAGCAGAUGGACAACAACUGGACCCUGAUGAAGAUGGGGCUGAAGGAGACGCCCUCACAGGAAGACUGGCUGAUCAGUGUUCUUCCUGAAAACUCAAAAGUGGGAGUAGAUCCUUGGAUCAUUGCUGCUGACCAAUGGAAGAAUAUGUUCAAGGCUCUGUCCAGUGCUGGCCACUCGUUGGUAGCAGUGCAGGAUAACCUUAUCGAUGCCGUCUGGCCGGACCGACCAGAAAGACCCAGCACACAACUCCGUAGCCUGGGAUUAGACUUCACUGGUAUUUCCUGGCAAGACAAGAUCACAACGCUGCGAGCCAAGAUGUCAGAGAGGAAGAUCACCUGGUUUGUUGCAACAGCACUGGAUGAGAUUGCGUGGCUUUUCAACCUUCGCGGGGCAGACAUUGAGUACAACCCAGUUUUCUUUGCAUAUACCAUUGUGGGAAUGAAUACAAUAAGGUUUUUUGUGGACCUCAAGCGUCUUUCUGACCCUGCAAUGAGAGAGCAUCUGCAGCUGGACUCCCCUAGCAAACCUGAGCUCAGUAUUCAGACAUUUCCGUAUGAGUCGGUCUACACUGAGCUCCAGGCCAUCUGUGCUGCACUUGGCCCAAAGGACAAAGUGUGGAUUUGUGAUAAAGCCAGUUGUGCUCUCACACAGGUCAUCCCUAAGACUCACCGAUCUCCAAUUCCCUACACUCCACUCUGCCUCGGCAAAGCUGUGAAAAAUGCCACAGAGAUUCAAGGCAUGAAAAUGGCACAUAUCAAAGAUGCAGUGGCACUUUGUGAACUCUUUGCUUGGUUGGAAAAGGAGAUUCCAAACGGCAACGUGACUGAGAUAUCUGCUGCUGAUAAGGCAGAAGAAUUACGUAGUCAGCAGAAAGAUUUUGUGGGUCUCAGCUUCCCAACAAUUUCCAGUGUUGGUCCACAUGGAGCGAUCAUACAUUACAGACCACUGCCUGAGACCAACAGGACCCUCACCGUAAAUGAAGUUUAUCUCAUCGACUCUGGAGCUCAAUACGUUGAUGGAACAACAGACGUCACACGUACCAUGCACUUCGGGACACCAUCUGCUUUUGAGAAGGAAUGCUUUACCUACGUACUGAAGGGACACAUAGCUGUCAGCGCUGCCAUUUUCCCCAAUGGAACAAAAGGCCACCUCUUGGAUUCGUUUGCCCGUUCAGCCCUGUGGGAGUCUGGGCUGGACUACCUCCAUGGUACAGGUCACGGGGUGGGCUGUUUCCUCAACGUUCACGAGGGGCCUUGCGGCAUCAGCUACAAAACCUUCGCAGAUGAACCGCUGGAGGCCGGCAUGAUUGUCAGCGAUGAACCUGGAUACUAUGAAGAUGGAUCUUUUGGCAUUCGUCUGGAAAAUGUGGUCCUCGUUGUACCAGCUAAGCCCAAAUACAACUACAGAAACAGGGGUAGUCUGACAUUUGAGCCUCUCACUCUGGUUCCCAUCCAAGUGAAAAUGAUGAAUACAGAGCUUCUCACUCAGAAGGAGCGGGACUGGGUGAAUGAGUACCACAGGAAGUGUCGGGAGGUGGUUGGAGCAGAGUUGGAGAGGCAGGGUAGGCAGGAGGCAUUAGAGUGGCUGAUCAGAGAGACCCAGCUGAUCAUCUGAGGACCAUGAUCAUUUUGCCCAGGAUUACUGUUGAUUGCUCUGCAGUGAUAAACGUUUGUAUUUUCUCAUGUUUCUCCAUGUCUCGCACCCAGCUUCUUUUGUAAAGCACAUUACAUCAGCAGUUUUAUUAAAGAUCUGUCAAAAGCAA